AUGGGGUCAUUUACUCUUAUUUUUUUCUUAACCACUCUAGCCACCAUCACCCAUGCACAAAACUCCCCACAAGAUUACUUAAAUGCUCAUAAUUCAGCCCGUGCCCAAGUUGGCGUUGGAAACAUGGUAUGGAACGCUACUGUCGCUGCCUAUGCUCAAAACUAUGCUAACCAAAGAAUAGGGGAUUGCAAUCUGGUCCACUCUGGUGGACCAUAUGGUGAGAACCUUGCCGAGGGUAGUGGAACCUUCACAGGUACCGCGGGUGUGAAUUUGUGGAUAGAUGAGAAACGUUAUUAUGAGUAUAUUACAAAUACAUGUACUAAUGGACAGGUUUGUGGACACUAUACUCAAGUGGUAUGGCGUAAUUCCAUUCAACUUGGUUGUGCUAGGGUUCAGUGCACUAACAAUGGUUGGUGGUUCAUUAUUUGCAGCUAUUAUCCUCCUGGAAAUUACGCUGGUCAAGCUCCUUACUAAACUAUAUGUUUUACACAUGUACUUUGUUGGUUACAAGUAUAUGAAUAAUUAAGUAACAAACAUGAGUGUGUGUAUAUAUAAUCUAGAGAAAAGCGAAUAUGGUCUUGUUAGUCAUAUAAGCUUAUAAAUUCGCACGAUGCGACGGGGUAACACUUUGCAUUGCUAUACUCGUUUAUUGUAGUUUUCUUAUUCGUAUAUAUUUAUUGCAGCAUCAUUGUCGUGGA